AUGGCUUCACGAUCCGAUCAAUCUCCCUCAUCACCUCACGAUCUCUCUGGGUCUCAGUUGACCAUUCCUUCCGAUUCUGAACCAUACUCCUCGUUAUCUCCGCCUUCUUCUUCGCCGCCUCAAUCUUCCGAUAACAAUGGCACUCACCCUGUCAUAAUAUACCAGCCUCCCACAAUCUGGGGUAUUUUAAGAGGAGCUGCCAUUAAUCUCCUUUUGCCUUUUGUGAACGGCAUGAUGUUAGGCUUCGGUGAGCUCCUGGCUCAUGAGUUCGCUUUCCGGCUUGGAUGGAGUGGAACCAAUGUGUGGCCUCGUCAUCGAAGCUCUCAUUCAAUGGGACCAGGUGUGGAGGUGCGAGAUACCCCGGUCGAACGCAGGAGAAAAGAUGCAUCAGUCGAUCCAGAGGUGAUCGCUGCGGCUUCGCUGGAAUAA